AUAUUAAAUUUCCUGUUAGGGUUGUAACUUCCGGAAAUUGCAUAUGUUUGCGUUAUUUUCUAAGUUACCUCGCGUGUUAUUACCUGGGUGUCGCACAUGUCACAUCUCGACUCAGAGGAUGGCGGCUGUGUAUGUGCGAUGCGUGCCAGGAGACGAGGACAUGGAAAUUCGUCUCCGCUAUGGCCACAACAGUGAAAACUACAGGACGUACAAUCUGAAACGUCGUCAAAAUGAAGAAAUUACAAGAGCCCUCGGGAGACUCCAGCAUAACAUAUUGAAUUCCUUAUCGAAAAAGAAGAAAAAGAAACCCAAAUCAAAAGAACCCGAGACGGUUCCGGAUCAGGAGACUGACAUUGCAGUAAACUUGUUCGUUGAAGGCAACAAAGUGGAUGGUAGUACAUUCAACAGAGAUGCGUGGAUUCAAGGGGCAGAACUCGACAUAUGUGGCACCCGGUUAACUGUAGAUGUUAAUUCCCCAACUAUACGUUCUAUAUCUUUGCCUUCGAAUUUAAUGGCUGGAUUUCCUCUGUUUCCUAAAUGUGAUGCGGAGUUUGUUAAUUUAAAUGAAUGUUCGUUCAACUGGUAUAGGACGAAAUUACGUGACAGCGGAGGGGCGAGUGCGGCUAAAGAAAACAAUCAUACCGAAGGACAGGAGCAAUAUGAUAUAUGUAAAGUUUCUGAUGGAAUUACAUACACUCCAACAAUAGGUGAUAUUGGAUUUCAUUUAAAAGUUGAAUGCAUUCCAAGGGAAGGUGAUCGGAUAGGUUUAAAAUGUGAAAGUAUUUCAGAGUGUGAAGUAAGUGCAGGUCCGGGACCGUGUCCAUUUGAAAACCGACAGUUGUAUACGCAGCAAGAAACUGAGACUGGCAGCUUUCGUGUUGUGACAUACAAUAUCCUGGCAGACUUGUAUGCAGACUCCGACUUCUCCCGCCAGCAGUUGUUUCCCUAUUGUCCUCCUUAUGCUCUGGCCAUUGACUACAGAAGGCAACUACUUCUCAAGGAAAUUGCAGGCUACAACGCAGACAUUAUAUGUCUACAAGAGUGUGACAUGAAGGUGUUUCAACAUGACCUGCUCCCCUUCCUUGACAACUCGGGCUUUGCUGGAUGGAUGAAGAGGAAAGGAACCAAGGUUACUGAAGGAUCUGCUACCUUCUACAGAAAGUCCAAGUUCAGCUUGGUGGGUGAGCAUGGCAUAAUGCUGUCGGAGUUCUUGGGGGAACCUGCAAAUGCAGAUCUGUGGGAUAAAGUGAGUCAGAAGACGGCUUUGAGAGAUAAGAUGAUGGAGAGGACCACAAUCCUUCAGGUGACCUUGCUCCAGUCUACCCACAAUCCUGACAACUUUCUGUGUGUUGCCAACACUCACCUGUACUUCCACCCAAGGGCGGACAACAUCCGAGCACUGCAGAUCGGUCUGAGCAUGAGGUUCUUACAGCAACUCUGUCAGCCAUAUCUAUCGGAGGGUAAAAAGAUGUCUGUCGUGUUUUGCGGGGACUUCAACAGCUCUGUGAAGAGAGCUGUGAAUGUGCUGGUCACCACAGGUCGUAUCCCAGAGGAUUUUGAUGACUGGGCCUCCGGUGGCGAGGAGGAACGGAUUGGUUGUGAGCUGUCACAUGACUUCAAGAUGAUAAGUGCAUGUGGUUACCCCGAGUACACCAACUACACAAUGGGCUUCCACGGACUCCUGGACUACAUCUUCACUGACACGGUACAUCUGGAGGUGAUGCAGGUGAUCCCUAUGCCUGACCACAAUGAGGUGACGCAGCAUGGAGCACUUCCCAGUGUGGUCUUCCCCUCCGACCAUAUCGCACAGAUCUGUGAUAUGAGGUGGAAAUCUGUGAUAUAACCAAUACUGUGAUGGUUGAUAUUAUGUAUUUAAAUGGGUAUGACCUUU